CCCGCGGUGACGUCACCGAGUGACUAUUGAUCAGUUUAAUGGUGGUUUUAGACGCUCUGCGCUGCCAUUAUUCUUCCCCGCACCAUGAGGAUGAGAAGAUGAGAUGUUAAAAGGGUCACCGAUGGAUAACUCGCACAGAUGACAGAAUGGACUCUGUGGAAAACAGCAGCAUGAAGCAGCAGCGUGCAUCCUCCUCGCCAGCCGGACUCAAAGAUUCGCCGUCCAAAGCGGCUUCCAAAAGCGCGUCUGGCAAAGCCUCCAGCGGCACGUCAAAAAGCAGUGGUAAGAGCAGCCGCAGUAAUUCUCCGGUCACCAGCAAAGAGCGGCAUGUGGCCCGAGGCACGGCAGCUGUCCACGGCAGCGGAGCAGAAAGCCCGACUCUGAGACGCGCGGAGAAGAGCAAGAGCAUCGAGGAGCGCAGCAGCUCCACCGAGGAACCCUACACCACCGACGAGCCGGGACUGGGGGUGGUGUCCGAUCAGCCGAGCUCCACCAAAUCCUCUCAGGGCAAGAGAGAGGCGGCGAGAGCCGAUGGAGGCAAGACGGCCAAGAGCUCUGUAGGCUGCGGCCCGGGCUUCUGGAGGGAGGGAUGCUUGCAGUCGGAGCUCAUACAGUUUCACAUGAACAAGAGCUUGAAGAAAGAAAGCGGCCUGCCGGUGAAGACGCCGAGCUCACCGCUAACAGAGCCGCAGCCGCUGCCCGCCGACACAAACCGGCCCUCAGAGGCCUCUCCUCCACCAAACCUGGAGCUGCAGGAGGAGAUCGAGAGACUGGAGGACGAGAACGAAUACCUGAAGCAUGAAAUUGAAGAAAUGCGAGCAGAGAUGGAUGAGAUGAGGGACACGUUCUACGAGGAAGACGCCUGUCAAUUGCAGGACAUGCGGCGUGAACUGGAGAGAGCCCAUAAGAACUGCCGAAUCCUUCAGUAUCGCCUGCGAAAGGCAGAGAGGAAGAGAAUGCGAUACGCAGAAACCGGUGAAUUUGACGGAGAACUGCUGAGGAGCCUGGAGCAAGACCUAAAGGUGGCCAAGGAUGUGUCUGUGCGUCUGCACAACGAACUGGAGAAUGUGGAGGAGAAGCGAACGAAAACAGAAGAAGAGAAUGAAAGACUGAGGCAACAGCUGAUUGAAGUGGAGGUGACCAAACAGGCUUUACAAAAUGAGCUGGAAAAGACCAAAGAGCUUUCUCUGAAACGAAGAGGAAAAGAUGCACAGAAAUCAGAGAAGAGGACUCCUCAAACCCCAUCAGAGGAGGAAAAUGAAGAUCUGAAAUGCCAGUUGGCCUUCAUCAAAGAGGAGGCUAUCUUAAUGCGGAAGAAAAUGGCUAAGAUAGACAAAGAGAAGGACCGUUUAGAGCAGGAGUUGCAGAAGUACCGCUCCUUUUACGGUGAUGUAGACAGUCCUCUCCCCAAAGGUGAAGCUGGAGGUCCUCCAACCACCAGAGAGUCCGAGCUGAAGCUGCGUCUGCGGCUGGUGGAAGAAGAAGCCAAUAUAUUAGGCCGCAAAAUCGUGGAGCUGGAAGUGGAAAACCGUGGGCUGAAGGCGGAGCUGGAGGAUAUGCGCGGGGAUGAGCUGUCUGGAGGGACGAUGGACCCCUCGUCCAGAGAGCAGAGCGCGGCGCUCUCCGAACUCCGGCAGCAGCUUCAGUUGGUGGAGGACGAGGCUGAGCUCCUGCGCCGCAGCUUGGCUGACGUGGAAGAGCAGAAUAAGAAGAUGACCAACGAGCUCAACAAGCUCAAAUACAAGGCCGGGUCACACGAGGGAUCGCGCUUUAGCAGUGGAGCAGUCGAUGGGGCAAAAGUUGAAGCCCUGCAGGAAGAGCUGAAAGCCGCUAGGCUACAGAUCAACGAACUGAGUGGGAAAGUGAUGCAGCUGCAGUAUGAAAACCGUGUGCUGCUGUCCAACAUGCAGCGCUACGAUCUGGCGUCUCACCUUGGCAUCCGCAGCAGCCCGAGAGACAGCGACGCAGAGAGCGACUGCGGCCGCAGGGAAAGCGACGAUGACUGCUCUCGUCUCACGCCGCAUCGCAAACGUGAGGGUCCCGUCGGCGGAGAAAGUGACUCUGAUGAGGUCCUCAACAUCCGGUGCCUGACUCCCACUCGCUCUCUUUACACCCCAGAGGGACGUUAUUUAUCCAGAGGUUUCAGAGACCGCCAGCAGAUGAUGGAUAUCCGCAUGGAGGCGGAGAGAUUGAGCAGGACCAUCGAAAGACUCAUCGCUGAUACCAGCACCAUCAUCGCAGAGGCUCGUGUUUACGCCACCAACGGAGAGCUGUUUGGAAGAAUGGAUGAGGAUGACGAGGGCGGUCGGAUACGAGAGCACGAGCUGCUCUACCGCAUCAAUGCUCAGAUGAAAGCCUUCAGGAAGGAGCUGCAGAACUUCAUCGACCGCCUGGAAGUCCCGAAACCAGAAGACCGAGAAACUGAAGAGCCUCUGUCAAUGUUUCAACCUAUCAUUUUGCUUAUUCUCAUCCUUGUCUUAUUUUCAUCUUUAUCAUAUGCCACUAUUUUCAAACUAGUCUUUCUCUUCACUCUUUUCUUUGUUCUGUAAACUUUUGUUUUUAGUUUAGUUUUGUUGCU